AUGGUAAGCAAAGAUGGUGAAUGGCAGAAUGUGUCAUGUCUCCUGUAAGCAGGCGAGUCUGCAUAUAAUAGGAUGUUUUAAAAUUCUUCCUUACUUCAAGUAGUAUCAAUCUGGGUUUUAAAAACAUGUGAACAUUUCUUUCUACAUAGCUAGCCAUUAGCCAUGCUGUUCUACAUAGAAAAAAAAAUCAAAACAUUUCUUAUUUACAUAAUAAACCACAAAUGGUCCUUUAUUUUUUUUAUUUUAUAGAUUUUUUUCAAAGUAAAUACAUUUGCAGAUACACAAGUUAAAUUGUUAUUGAAAGACAAAUUUCUAUUGCCUGUAAUCCCAGUUGCCACUUUGCGUUUAGUGAAAGGAGACCUGUCUUUUUUUAGAAUGUUUGAUGCUUUAUAUAUUUUUAUUUAUGCUUCAGACAUCAAUAAACUGUUUAUAAAAGCAGCAGGAAAGUCUCGGUGCUGCUAUUGUUUUCAAACGAACACUUCUGGUCAAGAGGGACUUUUUGAAUCUUUUAAUUUCUAUCCACUUUUUUUUUUUUGCAGAGGCGCAGUUUUUAUUCCACUGCCCCCUUGACAUAUUUUACACAAUGUAAAAAAGUGAUAAAAACGCCACCAGUGAGUUGUACUUGACACACAAAAGGUAUCUUGAGUUCUGUUCGUAUAAAGUGGACUUUUUGUGUCAUUCAAUGACCUCUACUAACGAAGUACAAUUACAAGAACAAAUUUGUCCUGGGUGGUCUUUCUCCUUAAAAGUUUAGAGGAGCUAUGCAUCUUCUUUAGUUUUUUGUUUCUCAUUGUAUUACUUGACAUUUCUUUAGAAAUACUUUUUUGUUGUUUUAUAUGACUAGCUGUAUUGACAGUACAGUUAAAUAAAAAGUUCUGAAGUUAAAAGUAAGUCUGCUCAAUGAAAUAUGUUGCAAAAAAUGGGGAAAUAUUUUCUUUGACACACAUUCUCUCUAAACACCACUUUUUUGUUUAAUUCCUUAUUGAUCAGUCAUACCAUGUGACAUGUCAUGAUAUGAAGGAAUUAUCCUAAACAUUGAACAUUAAGUAGCUAAAUAAUUGAACAGUAAAGGUGUAAUAAUUCACAUUGUAGGACAAUUUAAACUUCACUGUUUCCAGCAGUUACUAUUUUAUUUCCUAUGUACGCCUACCACCCCUCCUGUGGACUAUUGAAUGUAUUGAUCAUAAUCAAGUCAAGCAUACAUCUUUACUACCCAUAUUCAUUAACUUAAGAACAUGCACCUAUAAAAUAUGAUACAGAAAGAAAAAAGAACUUCCAAUAUAAUUUCUUACCAUUUUGUGAAUUUCACGAUUAAUGUUUUCAUUGUCUGCAUUAGUUAGUGCAAGUAAGUGUCCCUGGGCAAUGACAUACCUCAAUCACAUAACUCAAUAAUAUGAGAUUAACAAGAGAGUCAUGCUGGCUUGGACCUUGCCUGGAUUAACAAGAUGCUAGGGAACCAGGAACAAACUGUUCUAGGACACAAAGUGAGUACCUACAUUUACUUGAAUGUUACUAGAACAGCAGGCCCAGUGAGAGGGGCAACAUAAAAUAUGUUGGAACAAGGGUUGAAUCAGCUACACUUGUUACACAAUGUUUCAAGAAGAGGAAACCAAUGUCACAUACGUAUUACACAAAAGAGCAUGCAUGAGUCAUAAAGGAAAAUAAACUUUCAUUACCACACCUCUGUAUGUAUUUCCCAAGAAAUAAGUGCAGGUAUAAACAAAAUGGUCAUGGAAAACCCUUGACAAGAGAGUAUGCUAGCAGAAGCCAGACAGAGCAGAUAUACUAGAUAAACUAAGAGAAUAAAUAUCCUGUUUACCAAAGACCCAUCGCACAGCUGCAACAUAUAAACCAGAGAUGAGAAAAAAAAUACUGUCAGAAAGGAGCAGCACAUAGCACCAAGGCCUAUUGGCUACUAGACUACUGCAUGCUCCCAGAACAGGAACCAGUCACCAUCACAGAAAGAGAUAUAUAUCAACGAGUAGUCAACAUGAAGAGUUGGUCAGCACCAAGAACUGACAAGGCCCUGGAGAGUUAGCACAGCUAGACGGACAAGGGCACAUGUAUGAGUGUGGGGAUGGUGCUGGGGAUUGGCUGUAUGUGUGUAGGGGAGUGGUUAGGAGUGGGGCAGUGCCUUUUGGGAUUCUGGACAGCAAACAACUUCCCUCCCACCCACCCUCUUUUUGUGUUUCUGUUUCUGUCACAGCUAGCAGAGAGUGUGUCCUUGCCAACAGGGUUGGGGAGUAUCAGAUGGAAUGUCGGGAGAUGGACAAGGUGGGUCUCAACCUCCCCUGCUCUGUAGAGUAAACUUUUCAAUUACCGACUUGGACGUGCCCACCAAGCUAAAAGCAGGCUGGUGGUGAGCAUUGAAAGGAAAAGGGAAUUUUGGUUUGGACGAGGGGGGAGGCGAGAGCCCACUGGGCAAGUUUUGGUGCAAAGGCACCUGUUUAAGUUCAUUGGCAAGGACAGUUAUUUAAGCUAAAGGGGGUAGGGCAAUAGGUGGUAAUUUAUAUGUUAAGUAAUGGUUUAUGUAUAUAUAUUUAUGUGCUUAUUUAUAUUUGAAUUGAAGGUUAAUAAAGUUCGGAUGAGUCCUACAGUUGUAUGUUUAAUAAAUGCUGUGGCCUGUUUCACCCAAUAUUUGGUGUCUGUCAUUAUUAGGGGGAGAAUUGGGGUAAGUUCUUUAUUCUUAGAUUUACCACAUUCUCCGCUACGUCCAUACAUGACACACACCUAUUGGAUAAAGAAAGUAACAGUGUUGAAUGAAUGCCUAGCAGCCCAAAUGAACCAGGUACUAACAACAAGUUCCCACCCUGACUGGCUACCACAAGGGAGACAUAAUAGUAUUUAGACUAAACGUCAAAUGGUUUAUAAAUGAUGAUUUGUAGAGGAAGAAAUAAUAGAGAUAUAUUUAGGAGCUCAAAUGAACCAAUAUAAAUCACGUGGUAUAUCACUGGGUGCCAUUCUAAUUUCUGUUGCCAGGAAUUCUGAAUAAAAUUGUCUGUGUAAUUUUAUAUCCCUAUUUUUUAAACAAUUGGCAGUCAUUCAGAAAGCCCAUAUGUUUUCUUCAUUAAACUUAACUGUAAGAGGAUCGACAAAUUAAUCAUGGUCUGAAAUCUGAUACUGUGUGAUUUAAAGUUGGCAGUUCAAAAAAUAAUCAUGUAUGUUUUGAUAGAACACUUGCAGUGAUGUAAGGGGCACUUCAAAGGAUGUCAGACCAAGUCUCAACAUUAUUCAUAUCCAGUAUGGUUAUCUAAGCAAUUCUAUAGUGGUUGCCUUUCAGGGACUGUGUGUCUCAGACAAUUACCUCCUUGUUUUGUGGAGUCCAACCUGUGCCAAAAUAAAUAUUACUUUGCAGCAGACAGAAGUGUGGUUAAAUUACGAACAAAGCAGUGUGUUCAAUAUAUUUAAUAGGGAUUAUCACAUUAAAUUAAAAAAGGUUGCAUUAAGUAUUUUUGCCAAAUAUAUAGGAACUUUGAAGAAGUUUUAUAUAUCAAAGACCGGUCGUGCAAUAGAACAGUGGUUCACAUCUCUUGGAAAGUCUGGUUUUAAAUAGGGCGAGCAAGGCUCUUGCUCGAGGCAUCUCACUUUGAUGGGCAAUGCAGGUAUGAGUGCAGUAAUUACAUGGCUCCUACAUAUAGACAUCAUGUGUGCAGGUCACCAUGCUUAAGAUGUUACCUAACCCACUGAGUGUUGCACAGAUGUGUUGGAGAAAGUGGGUGCUGAGAUGUGGCAAAAUAUACUGAAAACUGCAUUCUGCAGAGGUGCUGAUUGGACGAUGGAGGGAACUCUACUGCUCUGCCAACACUAAAUCCCAGGGAAAGCAGAAAGAACUUCUUCACCCCCUCCACUCAUGCCUCAGACAACCGUUAAACAGUCAUAGAUGGAAGAUAUAUUGAGAUUUAUUGGGUUUUACUAUAUUUAUGUCAAUGUAUGUGGAUUAGUAUGUUUGACUAUUUAUGCAUGUGUAUUAGUGUGUCUGUGUAUGAUUAUCCUUGGUUGAGUGUCAGUAUAAACUUGUGUAUGAGGGUUAGUAAGCGACUGAGUGUCAGUGUAAGUUUUAAUGUCCAAAGGAGUAUUCACGUUAGUGUGUGUACAAGUAUCACUGUGAAUUUGUGCAUGAGUAUCAGUGCAUGACUUAAGUGGGAAUUUGUGUAUGCGUGUCAGUGUGUGUCUGUGUAUGCUUGUAAACAUCAUUGUCUAUCAUGGUGUUUUUUUUGUUUAUUUAUUUGUGUGUAUUUAUGUACCUAUGUUAAUGUGAUUAUGUGUUUUACUGUAUCUAUGGUGGGUAUGAAAUGUUCUUGCCAGGGCUUUAUGAAUGAUAAUCAUGGUUCUGAUAUCUGUGUUGGAACCCAAAAAUGGUUUCCCAUGUCAGGACAGACAAAUCAUAUUCAUAAAUCCUUUUGCAUGAUAGGGGAUCUAUUUACUGUAGUAACUGAAUUCCUUAGUCCAAUCAAGGUGCCUCUAACAGUGGGAGAAGUCUAAUGAAGGUUUUUAGCAACAUCAAUGUUAAUGUUAACAGAUACUUAAAUAACGGCCAACAGCAAAUAUUUUAGAUGAUGAAAACAAAGCAAAUGUUGUGUAUAUAAUUUGGAUCUCAGACAAAACUGAUUAAAAUCUGCUUGCAUAACAAAGGAGAAAAAGUAAAUUUAUCUCCCUUCACAAAAUUUACACAAUCAAAUCAUUGUUCUUGGUGGGAAAGAAUGGAAUGUUCUAAAAUGUCAUCUUUUAUUUUCACAACUGUAAGAAGCCUCAUGUAUCUUUGUAAUAUCUACUCAUAUUUGUAUGUAUUGAGCAUUUGCCAACAACUAUGACACAUCUCAAGGACAGAUGUAUGCACAAUGCAUCUUAAUAUGUGCAAACAAUAUAUGGAAUGUCUACACAUUUGUUCCAUGACUACAUAAGGAGGAAAACAUUUAUCAAAAGUAUUUAGGCAAAAUAAACAACAAUCAACCUAAACAUAAUGUACAUCCUAGCUACUAAAAGCACAUCUACCUUAACUAGCUUAAUAAUUUAGCUUCACAUUCUAUAAUCCAGGUAGUUUCAAUCUCUAAUUCCCCUAUUUUAUUUACCCGAUUAAAAUGUCUGCAUGUUUUACCAGGGAUACCAGAUCCCGUGUGGGUCCACAUAUUCCAAAGUAUAUUUCAUUGGCUAAAUGAAACAUAUAGAAUUUUUUCAGUGAUGUACAUUGUUUCUCAGGCAAUUUUAGUUAGCAAAUACACUGAUCAGCCACAACAUUAAAACCACCCGUCUAAUUUUGUUUGUCCUCUUUGUGCUGCCAAAAGAGCUUUGAUGCUUUAAUGUUGUGGCUAAUCAGUGUAUUGGUUUGUAGGCAUUCUUUUCCCUUCCACUCUUGCCUUCCAUUUUGUUUUACAGAAAGAGAAGAUUGUGCACUUCUAUCAGAAAUUGCUGACGAGUUAUGUUUUUGGGUUUCUGUUAAAAUAGUUUUUUCAGACAUGCCCAGAGGAUGUGGCUAGAUGUUGUCCAUUUGAAAAACAUUAUCUUAUUAAAAGUCUCCAUCAAUAUUUCUAAACUUUUACAUUUAAACACAGAUUAACUGAUUUCUUUGAUAGGGGAAAAUUGGUUUUAAUUCACUUUAAAAGAACUCUAAAGUCUUUAGAAUCCCUUUCCCUAGUUACGUAGCACCCCACCCGCUCCCCCCAUGUGCGAUAAAAAUAUUUAAAAAAAUGUUUUACUUACCUUUUUCCUGCACUGAGGCUUACUUGAGGCUCCCCUCUCUAUCUCCCGUGACAUUAUGUAGGAGGCAUAGCUUAUUGGUCCAAUCCAAUUCUUCACAAAGAGCAUGAAUCCAAACUCUUUUUUAGGAAAGUUCAGAAUCAUUGCAGUAUUAAAGGAACAUCUGCGUCAUGUGUCUAAAUUAUUCUCGGUCAGUUGUAACAACCACGUAAAAACCACAUAACAAUCGCGUAACAACUACUGAAGAUGUGUUUAACCCUUCAAGGCAAACACUGGAUUUUUUACAAAACAGCAAUGUUUUACCUUGAAGUGUUAAAAUGACAGGACCAUUGCACCAUGACCACUUCAUUACUUUACUGGUGUUUUUAGUGUUUUGAUUGCUGCUAGACACAUCUAUGUCAGUCUUGCUAAACAUCCUUCAUCUGGUAUAAUCAAGUGAACAUUAACACUAACACUAAAAUUGCAAAAGGUAUAUUCAAUAACAGAGAUGUAUACAAAGCUCUUAGCCCAUAACCUUUAAACUCAAUCCCCUAUAUAAAUCCAAAUUCUAAUACACAUUUAACUCUGCUCUAGUUUUCUUCUCUUUUUUUCUUGUGAAAACUGAUAAGCAGAUGGAAAAAGUCUAUAUGUAAGUUUAAAAGGGCAAGCUGGGUAACGGCAUAAAAGAUUUUCCUGCUAGCUGUUAACAAAUCUACCAAGGCAGACAACACUAUUCCAUUAGCCUUGGGCUGAAUUGAAGGGAGAAAUGAUUUUGAUGUGGACAUGAAAGCAAUUUCCUAACAUAUCAUAUUAGCAAUCUAUUGUAUUAGUUUUUAUUUGCACCGCUACAGAGAGCUGCCUAUCCUGGAAUAAAUAACGGAAGGAGCUGACGCUACAGAUCUGACAGUUUUCAGAAAAUAAACUUACUUUUUUACUCAAUACUCAAAUUUUACAAAAGUUUAUAAAACACACAGGGAACAUAGGAGAAAAAGCAAACAAACAAAAAAUCAGACGUUAAAUAAUUACUCCAUUUUGCAUUUAACAAUAGAAGUACUUAACAACAACACCGUACGGAGAGACAACAUAGGUAAGAUAAUACCACUAAGUGCAAAUACUCUCAGGCACUCCUUGAAGUACCCAAACAACUAUAUUGACCACAAAAAGAGAUUGCACACUAUAACCACUUAUAAAACACCCUUGAAAAAGUCAGCUAGUAGGUGCUGAAGAAUUGGGUGUAUUAGUGGCUCAUGUUUCUGUCCCAGUAGGCCUGAGGAACUUUGGUAACUAUUAUUGUUGAUUUAUUUUGCCUAUUUAUUGUCACUUUGUUUUGUUAUUUGCACGUAUACCUUUUUUGGGUGAAUAAACACAUUUAUAUAUUUUUUAUAAGUGGCUAUAGUGUGCAAUCUCUUUUUGUGGUCACACUAGAAGUACUAUAACACAUGGUUUUGAAUUAUGGUAUAUUUUAAAAAUCUAUUUUUUUCCAGGUGAUAUUUUAUGUGCAUGUUUUUCUUCUAGAAUGUUACAAGAAUGCAGUUAUAGUUGUUAUCCACUGAUUUGUAGAUGUCAAAAUAAAUAUAAGAAAUAUUAGAUAGAACAAUUUUAUUUUUUUUUGCAAUAUUUUUUUUUUACUUUUUUGGUCAUAUUGUGUAUUUUUGUGAUUAUUUUUUCAAUAACUACUGAUUGAAGAUUCCCGUUGACAAAUGUUUUUGCCAACUCUCCCUGACACUAUUGGUUGGAUUAUCAAGCAUUCCCAAAGCCCAACUUAGGUCCACGUGUGGUGUUUAGCUCAAUUCAGUUACCUUUUCCAAGUUUAGAAUAUGUGUUCAGGAGAUCUAGAGUAACAUAUGUUUCUCAAAUGAAACAGCUGCCAUUUUGUUCUCACAGAUUUUCCCCAUCAAUGACUGAAGACAUUACAACCUGGCUCAUGCAGUCUCGGGCAGCAUGAGCUGCUAAACAAGUACGCAAAUAGACAUUUUUACAAAAGAUACUCAUGUGUAAAGCAGGACUGGGAAGGAGCCCUGGAAAAAAAUGAUGUACCAGCCCUACACAUCGGCAUAGUGUGCAAAUGGAAAAGAUAAUUUUUCUUCACUUUGGAGCUACUACUCCAAAGUGAAUGAAAUCAUUCCUAUGGCUUCAAAGUAAACAAAAGUGCCAAAACAUUGACUACAUAAGCAUAUAGUCAGUGUUGAGUGGUGCCCAAAUGGUAGAUCCCCAGGUUUUGCAGAACUACAUCUCACAUAAAGAUUUGCAUAUGUUUAGAAUGGCAAAGUAUCAUGGAAUCUGUAGUUUUUAAACAUCCGUGCACCACUGAUAUAGUCAAUGUUUCAGUUACACUACCUUUACAUAUUAACCCCUUAAGGACCGUGCCAAAUGUACACGUUGUGAACAAAACAAAAUGUAAACAAAACCUGGCAUUUGCGCUACAUGUCUGUCCAACCAUAAUUCAACUCUUUCAUAGUAAAUGCACGCACCCUUAUUAUAUAUCAUUUUAUUCAGGGGAAACAGAGCUUUCAUUUAAUAUCAAAUAUUUAGCUAUGAAACAUAAUUUAAUCUGAAAAAAAUGGGAGAAAAUAAGAUUUGUUUAGAUUUUUUUAGUUCUACAUGACAUUUUAGCGGUCAAUGUCAUAAUACUGUUUGCUUUUACUGCAAUAAAAUACACAUAUUUGUAUUCAGUAAAGUCUCACGUGUAAGACAGUACCCCCUAUGUACAGGCUUUAUGGCGUUUUGGGAAGUUACAGGGUCAAAUAUAGCACGUUACAUUUGAAAUUGAAAUUCGCCAGAUUGGUUACGUUGGCUUUGAGACUGUAUGGAAUGAAAUUUACACCCAUAAUGGCAUACCAUUAGCAAUAGUAGACAACCCAAGGUAUUGCAAAUGGGGUAUGUCCAGUCUUUUUUAGUAGCCAUUUGGUCACAAACACUGGCCAAAGUUAGCGUUAGUAUUUGUUUGUGUGUGAAAAAUGCAAAAAACGCCAAUUUUGGACAGUGUUUGUGACUAAGUGGCUACUAAAAAAGACUGGACAUAUCCUGUUUGCAAUACCUUGGGUUGUCUACUAUUGCAAAUGGUAUGCCAUCACAGGGGUAAUUUUCAUUCUUGGGCUACCAUAGGGUCUCAAAGGAAACGUAACCAAUCUGGCGAAUUUUAAUGUGAAAAAAAUGAAACGCAAGCCUUAUAUUUGACGCUGUAACUUUUGAAAACACCAUAAAACCUGUACAUGAGGGGUACUGUUGUACUCGGGAGACUUAGCUGAACACAAAUAUUUGUGUUUCAAAACAGUAAAAAGUAUCGCAGCAAUAAUAUCGUCCGUGUAAGUGCUGUUUGUGCGUGAAAAAUGCAAAAAACGUCACUUUUACUGGCGAUAUCAUCGUUGUAAUACAUUUUACUGUUUUGAAACACUAAUAUUUGUGUUCAGCGAAGUCUCCGAGUAGAACAGUACCCCCCAUGUACAGGUUUUAUGGUGUCUUGGAAAGUUAUAGGGUUAAAUAUAGUGCUAGCAAAUUAAAUUCCCUUUACUUUCGGCAUGGGUUGUCAGGCAGGUCCCGCUAAUUGUAAUUAAUUAAGAUACCUAAUUAUGUAAAAAUAUUACAUAAAUAUAUAUGUAGAAUUAAUAUAUGUAUAUAUAUACGUAUGUGUAUAUAUAUAUAUAUAUGUAUAUAUCUAUAUAAUUUUUUAAAAAUAUUUUUAUUUAUAUAUAGGUAUAUAUAUAGUGAUAUAUACGUAUAUAUUUAUAUAUAUAGAUAUAUAUAUUAUUUCGUUCUAUUUGUAUUUUGAUAUAUAUAUAUAUUAAUUUCACAAUACAGUUAGAACGAAAUAACACACAUCUAUAUAUUUUUUAAUUAUUUAUUUUUAAUUAUUUUUGUAAUUUUAUUUUUUAACGUAUUUACAUAUUUAUUUAUUUUAUAUUAUGUAUAAAUAUAUAUAUAACAAUAAUUAUAUAUAUAUUUAAUCAGUAUCAGUCUACGUGUAAUUUGAUAUUAAUAUAUAUAUAUAAUUAUAUAUAUAUUAAUAGUAAAAUACACCUAGACAGUGUACGUGUGUGUAUGUAUAUGUGUAUAUAUAUACUUAGAUCAUAUAUAUAUAUAUAUAUAUAUGAUCUAAGUAUAUAUUAUUAUUUUUUUUACACUUUUUAAUUUAUUUAAUUUUAUUUUCAGCCAGCAGGGGGACCACCUGUCAUUACAGGCAGCCCCCCUGCUGGCAAUGCAGGAGGCAGCUACCCCCGGCCAUGUGAUUGUGGGGUCCUCGCAAGGACCCCACUCUCACAUGGCCGGGGGGCUUCCAGGACGUCGGACGUGCCGCGGGGGGCUCCCUGGGAGUAGGAAAAGACCAGAGGGCGUACUAUUACGCCCGGCGGCGUUUAGAGCCGCUUAGAAUAGGGCAUAAUAGUACGCCCUCCGGUCUUAAGGAGUUAAGGAAAGUUUGGUAAUGGCACUGAAAUGGUGACUGCAUGCUGUUGCAUGACUGUAAAAUAUAAAGUAGUAUUGUUGAUUUAGAAGUCCUAUGAGUGCACUCUUCAUUGUGAAUACAUUAUUGUGCUGGAGAAUGCACCUAGCAACAAGAAUGGGCUGUUAAGUGCUCAUUACAUAGAUGUUAUAUAUUAAUGACAUUUCUAAAUAUAUAUAUGUAAACAUUUUAAGCAUAAAACAAAAUACAAAAUCACAUCAAUUACAAAUUCUAUCUGUACAUUGUGCUAGCAGGAUUGCUAGAAAAAUGUGUAGAUUGGAAGAAAAAACUAUUAAAUAAGAGGUUUCUCUCUCAACCGGAAUUCAACUCUCCUGUGCUGAAGAAUUUAAUUACAUGGAGUGCAGGACUGUCAGUCGUCCUUCUAUCCAAGUAAAGCAAACACAGUGCAUGAGCUGUGGUUACUAUACAUCCACAAGCAGGGCAAAUGAAAAUAGACAGUGGGUGGACAGGACGUGGGUACCGUGAACCUCACACUCCUACAAUGUCACUUACAUAGACACUCAACCACUGACACAUACUUUCAUUGAUACAUUCUGUCACUUACACACACAGUGUCACACCAGCUUACACAUACUACUAAUUUAUUUACAUAAACACACCAAAAACAUUUAAACACACACAAAAUAACUAUUCUGCUGGAGCAUACCUGUCUUACCAUGAGGAGAAGGAGUCCAGAGUAUCCAUGAUGUCUGGGGGAGUAGGAGUCACACAUUGUGAUGCACAGGCUCCUUCCUGUGCUCUUUGGAGGACUUCAGGCAUUGCUUAGGACAGAGCUGAUGAACAGGCAGACCCCUAGAUGCUGUGGAACUACAACUCCCAUGAUCCUUUGCAUGCCUUAAGAAUGCAUAUAGAAUGACAAAGCAUCGUGGGAGCUGUAGUUCUAUAACAUCUGGGGAUCUACCUGUUGGGCAGCUUAGGAGCUGGGUUCACCUAGCAUAGUAAAACAGAUGCCAGCACUCCUCUCGGACUCUUCUCACCACUUUCAAUUUCAGUUUUGGUUUUUUUAAGCUGCAGCAGUCGCCUUUGACUUUAAGGCACGCCGACCCACUGGAAAUUAUCCCAGUAUCCUGGUGUACCAGUCCAGCCAUGCUCAAGUUCUAAAAUCUUCAUAAGCUCUUCAUUGAUUUUUUAACUCAAUCCACAUCAAUUCUAUCAAUAUCUCAGAUAACUCAUGGUAAUUUUAAUAUUAUCUGUUGCAUGCAGGGCCGGUGCAACUGUUAGGCGAAUUAAGCAUUCACCUAGGGCGCAUUUUUCCUGGUGGGCUGCCUCUGUCUUUGGCCGCAGUGCUGGGUGAGCUGGUGGCCCCCCAAGUGCUGGGCCAAUCCUCCAGGCGCCCAGAGGUGGAGGCACCAAGAGGAGCCCUGUCACACCUGGCCAAAUUAGGGCACCCCUGCUUGUUAGAUAAGGCAGAGAAGACACCUGCUUGCUCUGCUGAUAAAUACCAGAGGAGCAGGGGAAAGAGAAGGCAGGCGGUGAGGGAGGUUGUUCUUGCAGCUUCUCACCCCUCCCUCACGUGCCAGUAGUUAGAAUAUGACAUCAUUCCGGGCCUGGCAUAUUAAAAAGAGGGUGGGAGGAGUGAGGAGCUGCCCCACACUGGACCCCAGGGAGCACGUGUGUCAGUGAGUGUGAGAGUGUUUGACUGUCAGUGAGCAUGUGUGUCAGUGGCCGGCGCAACUGUUAGGUGAAUUAGGCAUUCACCUAGGGCGCCAGCCUGCUGGGGGCGCCCACCAGGAUAUUACUUGGUGGGCUGCCUCUGUCUUGGGCCGCAGGGCUAGGUGAGAUGGCGGCCCCCCCAGCGCUGGGCGCCAAGAAGAGCCCUGUCACACCUGGCCAAAUUUGGGCACCCCCAAAGCUUCACCUAAUGCCACCGGGAUCUUUCAUUAUAAAUGAAAUUCACUAAAUGCAUUGAAUACAUAAUUUUUCACAGCGAUACAUUAUGUUUUCAAUUAACUAUGUAUGUAUUUGACAGUAUGUGUGUAUGGAUGUAGGUAUUAGGAAGUAUGUGUGUAUGGAUGGAUGUAUUAGGCAGUGUGUGUGUGUGUGUGUGUGUGUGUGUAUGGAUGCAUGUAUUAGGCAGUGUGUGUUUAUUGAUGUACGUAUUAGGCAGUGUGUGUGUAUGGAUGUAGGUAUUAAGCAGUUUGUGUGUAUGGAUACAUGUAUUUGGCAGUAUGUGUGUGUAUGGAUGCAUGUUGUGACAGACCUCGCCACGUGUUCUUGGAGGGGGCUGCUUGCCCGCCUCCUACCUUCUGACUAUGGCCCUGGGAUAUAUGGCAUUUGAAAACACUAUUUGUGCCCUGUGACAAAACUGGAGAUUGUGCAUAAAUAUGACUAUUGUCCAUAUUUUUGAUGAUUCCCUUCGUUUAUUGCGCUGUUCCCCAUGUGUUUCAUCUGUUGGUCCGGCUGGAUAGACUACCAGACAAACUGUGGAGUUACUGGGUGGCCACCAUUUCAUGUAUCAGAGACACAUGGUGAGAACAAUGGAUGAAGCACAUGGUGAGAACAAUGGAGAAAAAAAGAAGGAAUAAGGGUGCGCCUAAAACAAGUGGAAAUAACAAAAUAAUAAUAUAAAUGUAGGAAUAGCAGCAAUAACAAAACGUCUGAAAAAGUGUCCAAAUAUAAUAUAAAAAUUGGAAUAACCACGGUACCUAAUAGUCCAAAUAUAAAAUGUCCAAAUGUGCAAAUGGUGGUCCUAGUAGUCCAUCAGAAGGGUAUGUAGCGUCUCGAAUGUAUAUAAAUAUGCGGGAAGAACAGAAGAGAGAGAAAAACUCCAAUGGUGUAGUAUGAAAACAAAAUAUGGAUAUUAUGUAAAUAUUAGUGGAACUACUCACAAUAUUCAGAGCUUAAAUGGAUGGUGGCCAUUUUAACUCACAGACACUGUUUGGACUUUUCUACACAGUGCCAUCUUGCCGGUAUUUGGUGCACAAAGACAUUGUGCAGUAGUUUUAAACUAUACAACAGGGGACACAUUAUACAGUAAUUAUUUUUCAUAUAGCCUGUAUAUGUUCUGCGGAAUCUGCAUUAAACUGUAUCUUCCAAACUACCGAACGGAUCUGGGUGAAUCUUGGAUAUGUGGUUCACCCAGAUCCCCCAGUUCUGAGGAUAUUGUGUUCAGUAAUCAUAUCACAGGCAGAGGGGAGGAUUUUGUGUGGGAGUGUCUGUGUGUAUUGUACGGAUUGAUUGGUUGUAUUUCAAAAUCCUGUGGGCAGUACUAUGUUUGUGGAUUGUGAAUAAAAGAGGCUGGAUGUGCCAGUACCCUGUGGGCAGUACUAUGUUUGUGGAUUGUGAAUAAAAGAGGCUGGAUGUGCCAGUACAGGCAGUUCUGCUUGACCUCAAAACGAAGUGUCGUCUCGUUAUUGGGGGAAUUGGAUUGUAUGCUGAUUGCCAGGAGUGUAAGCUGAUUGUAUGCUUUUCCCGUUCAGCUGCUUACAGCAUUCAAAUGCUUGAGAGCAUUUAUAUGCUUCUCCGGUUCGGUGGUUGUGGUGUCUGCUGCAGUGCUCGGAGUCCUCAGGAAGCGCUAGGAGCAUCCUUCAAAGGAGGUACCCAGUCGGGGUGCCAGGUGAUCCGUUACACAUGUAUUAGGCAGUGUUUGUUUAUUGAUGUAGGUAUUAGGCAGUAUGUUAGCAUGGAAGCAUGUAUUAGACGGUAUGUGUGUAUGAAUACAUGUAUUAAGCAGUAUGUGUGUUUGGAUGUAGUUAUUAAGCAGUAUGUGUGUAUGGAUGUAGGUAUUAGGCAGUAUGUGUGUAUGGAUGUAGGUAUUAGGCAGUGUGCAUAUGGAUGUAGGUAUUAAGCAGUAUGUGUGUAUUGAUGUAGGUAUUAGGUAGUGUGUGUUCAUGGAUGUAGUUAUUAGGCAGUGUGUGUUUAUGGCUGCAUGUAUUAGGCAAUGUGUGUUUAUGAAUGUAGCUAUUAAGUAGUGUGUGUUUAUGAAUGUACGCAUUAAGCAGUAUGUGUGUAUUAGGCAGACCUAACUGGAAACCAUAUGGCACAAUUUAGGCAACAAAUAGCUGAUCUAGAAGAAUUCUCCAAUUUGGCUACAGUCACAGUUCAGCUGUUUUUGCUUAAACUUUGCAAUUUGGUUUUCAACUCACUGCAUAUCAAUGUUUAGUGAAUAAACCUCUGUGAGAUUGUAUUUGCUUUCAUGAGGGGGUGGCAAAAUGGAUCUUUGCCUUGGGCUGCAGAAAUCCUUGCACCUGGCCCUGGUUGCCUGUAGAUGUUGAUGUGGGAAAUGUACAGGUUGGAUGACCUACUGGAACUCUGAUACAACCUCACACUGGUUUGUUAAUCACACUGGUUUAUUGCUCGCACAUCAUCAUGAAUCCCACUUCAACACAUGAGUCAGAAGCUUCCCCCGUAUACAAUGAGACUGUACAGAACAGGCAGGAAAAAUACAAGGGAAUCUUUUAUAAGGUUUACAUGGUUAUUGCAGGUGUUUUAAAGAAGGAGUAGGCCCAGUGUAGAAUAGUGACCAUCUGAUAUUGAAAAUGUCCAGCAUGAAGAGUUCAGAAAAAGUGUGCUUUUGGUAGUACUUUAAUGACAAGAAAGCCCUACGGCUUGUUGGUCAGAACCUAAAGGAAUACUAUAGUGUUAGGAAUACAAACACGUAUCUCUAACACUACAGUCCUUAAGUGGCUGUUUAGGUCCCUGACCCCCCUCAGAUUGCAGUGAAAAGGCCCGUUUACUCACUUUAUCUCUCUCGCUGUGCCAGUCUCGCUCUGCCUCCAUGGCUGACAUCUUCAAUCUUGACAAUCUCAGCCAAUCCAAUGCUUUCCUAUAGGAACGCAUUGGAAGGCUUUUGUGCCAGCCAGCCAGCUAGCAUUGAAUCAAUGUAUCUCUACGGCGAGCGUUUAGAGUCUCCAUGCAGAGUGGAGAUGCUGAACUUAGGUGCUGCACACUGUGCAGCACUGACACAGGAAGCACCUCUUCUGGCCCUCUCAGUGACUGCCACAAGGGGUGUUACUAAGCAGUAACAUAAACACUGCCUUUCUCUGAAAAGGCAGAGUUUACAUUAAAAAGCAUACAGGGACAGGCUAUAGACAUCAGAACCACUACAUUAAGCUGUCGUGGUUCUGGUGACUAUAGUGUCCCUUUAACAAUAUGAAUUUACUGCCCAAUGUGGUGUUUGUAUUACAUUCUAUAAAACCUUUUUAAAUUGUCAUAUUUAAAAAAGCAGAAUGAGCAGAAAUACAAUUAUUAAAAUAUAUAUUAUUCAUUGUUUGUUCUUUUGGGAGAAAUUGUUGGUGUGGCGAGUUGAUUAUUUUCCAUUUUGAAGGCACUAUUUGCUUCCAGUUAGGGGUUUUAUCAUACUUUGGCUCUACAGAAGCAACAGCAAUGUGUGAAAAAGCUGAACUUGAUAGACGCUAGUCUUUUUCCAGCCUAUAUUAUUAUACUUCAAAUACUAAACCAAAUACAAAUAUAUAUCUUCACAAAAAUAACAUUCCGCAUCUGGUAAUAAUACAUAAACAAGUUACGGUGUGUAAUAAGACACAAAUAGUUUCUAUGGGAACAUGCAACACUAUGCUGACCUUGUACAAAUAUUGUAUGGUAGAUAGGCAUAUUACUAGCAAAGUAAAAUAUAUCAUAAGCACACAAAGUGAAUCUAUACAUACUUAAUGACAUAAAAAAAACCUACAGAGCCGAGGAGAUAAACCCAGAGUAAAUGUUACCACAAACAGACAUAAGAAGUAAUAUAUGUGAAAAUGAGAAUCUAAAUACCAGUCACCUGAAAAAAAAUAUUCUGAAUAUAAAUAAAGGGAUCCCAUUCGUACAUAUAAAUUGAUGCGAUGUUAAGAAUAAAAAUGGCAAGAAUGUUGAAAAAAAAGUAAAAAGAAAUAAAACGGUAUUCUUAUGUUUGAAAAUCAUUAUAUAGAGGGAUUUGGAAAACGAGAUCUAAAGUAAUUACCUGUAUUAACCUCUUCAUGACAGAUAACCCUUGUCCUGAGCGGGCUAAAGAAGAAACGUUAAGAGAUUAAACUAUACAGAUGGAGAGCCCAUGGGCCUGUUUGUUAUUUUAUUUUGAAAGGUGAAUUUCUUUUUUGCGAAUGGUUAAAUGUAUGACACAUGCAGUUUACUGGUAAAAAGAAUAUGUUUUUUUCUUUUUAAAUUGCCUCUCUGGACAGUUUUUUUUUUUACUUGAAUUGCUGUGCACAGUGAUGGGUUAAUAUGGUUUAAUACGCUUAAAUAAGCUUUAAUAUGGUUUCAUAUGGUUUCAUAGGCUUCAUAAGGGUUUAACAUAGAUUCAUACAGUUUUAUAUGUUUUAAUAUGGUUUCGUAUGGUUUUAUAUGCUUUAAUAUGGAAUAAUAUACUUUCAUAUGUGCUUUAGGAUUUAAAUGGAAUAUCAUAAAUCUAACAUGUAUUUUUUCCUGUACUGCGUAUAGGGAUUUUGCAGUUGCUAAUCUGAUUUUUGUGUCUUUCCAUCAAGCAGAAGCAGGUUUAAUAUUUGAGGGGUUGGUGGCAGCCGGUAAACCUUAAUGACAUAGAUGGAUUGGAUUGGAAUCGUUCAUAGUGGUUAAGGGCUCUCAUUAUACUGUAUUGUUUAUAUUAACAGCUGAUAAUUCAGAGUAAUGGUAAGACUUUGCAUUUGGGAAACAUCCACUGCUCACUACAGUUAGUUCUGCCACUUUAGUAAUUAGUGGCUGGUCACUAACACCACAACUUUAAAAACGAGUCCUUUGGGUAUGUUAUCACAUAUCAAAAGUGAAUUGAACAUGUGUACUGACAAUUCAAUUAUACCAAUGAAGAGGUACAACAUUGGGUGUGCAUCAACCUUUAUUGUGGAUAAUUCAUCUUUAAAGUUGACAAGAACAACUAGGGGAGUAGAUACAAUUAAUUGAAUCUGUAAUUUGUGGGUUGAUGUGUUUUAUAUCCAAUCUGACACUAGUCAUUUAGUUAAGUCUAAUUUUUCUCAGAGUUCUCAUAUUCUAAUUCUAAGUUAAAAGGGUAAUCCAGGCGUGAACCCCAUGCCCACUGUGCUAAAGAGGUAUUGGAUACACCUCACUGAUGAGGCACAAAAAGGCAGAAAUGUUUGUACAGGGUUGUUUUCUCUCUCAUGCAAGGCGGAAUUUGCCAGCGUUUCUGAUUUGGACUGCACUUAUGGACUGGAUUAGUCUGAUUGUAUAGGUUCUCUCUGUAAUGGUACAAGUGAGCAAUUUUUUUCUUACCUGAGCAGGUUUCUCUGAGCCUUUGCCUUUUCUCAGGUGCUCAUAUUCUGUUUUUCUUGCAAGUCUAGUUCAUACCUAUUACAUACAGCAUGACAUUUGCAUAAUCGCCUUUCCGGCAUAUGCGUGAUAAACCCAAACCAAAUCCCCAACAAAUACUUGGACACCUUUAUUUGGGAAAAUGAUCACAGCUUUAUUAAUCUUUUUUAGAGAGGGUUCAGAGAAGGGCUACUAAACUGGUUCAUGGAUUGCAGGAUAAAACUUACCAGGAAAGGUUAAAGGAUCUUAACAUGUAUAGCUUGGAGGAAAGACGAGACAGGGGGGAUAUGAUAGAAACAUUUAAAUAUAUAAAGGGAAUCAACACAGUAAAGGAGGAGACUAUAUUUAAAAGAAAAACUACCACAACAAGAGGACAUAGUCUUAAAUUAGAGGGACAAAGGUUUAAAAAUAAUAUCAGAAAGUAUUAUUUUACUGAGAGGGUAGUGGAUGCAUGGAAUAGCCUUCCAGCUGAAGUAAAGGAGUUUAAGCAUGCGUGGGAUAGGCAUAAGGCUAUCCUAACUAUAAGAUAAGACUAGGAAGUAAUGAAAGUAUUAAGAAAAUUGGGCAGACUAGAUGGGCCGAAUGGUUCUUAUCUGCCGUCACAUUCUAUGUUUCUAUGUUUCUAAUACAUAAAUAAAGUAAAAAUAUUUUAGGGUCAUUGUCACAUAUUAACAUAACAUACCCACCCCAACUCCUUUAACAAUACUACGCCAGAUAAUGACCCACAACACAAUAAGUAAAACCACAUUAUAACAUAUAAUUAACAUAUAACAUAACCAUUACCACCAAGGGCAUGACAUAACCAUUGCCACCAUGUGCAUGACAUAAAUAUUGCCACUGAAGGCAUGGUUUCCAGCUUUCUUCCAUGUAGGGGCAUACCGAAAUACACCCUACAUGCCACGUUCGGAGCUACCGACGAGCUUGAACCUACCAAUACUCUUCCAAACCUAACUAUUCUUAGCGAACCAAAACUAUUUUCCAUCAGGACAAACAACCUACACCCUAACUUCUCUAUCCAUCCUCCACUGCCGUGACCAAACGGGAUCUAGAAUUUCAAAAUAAAAAUAAUCCAGUCACUGAAGUGAACUCCAAAGUGUAGGCAAUUUAUUCAGAACCCAGGAACAAAAAGCAACAUUUCAACCCCUUAGGGCCUUUGUCAAGUGGGAUCUAGAGACCAAAUAAGGGAGGGAGGGAUGGUGGGCAUAACAGGUAAGUGUGGAUUAAUUAAGAUGGACACUGACCUAAACUGACUACUAUAUAUACUCCUCUAACUCUCCUCCAGUUAUGCUAUCCAGUCCACUACAUUACACUCCUCCCAUGCCUAUCUCCUAGCAAUGUCAAAGCCCAUUCUCCUUAGCUGUGCUGCUCCAUGGGCUACAUUCCUCUUAGCAUUGCAAAAGGACAAUGUGGAACACUUUUAAAUUUAGGGGAUUCAGUGGGAGUGUAACCAUGGUUGGAGUGUGUCUGAGAAAUUUUAGGUGUCUUAUAACAAGGUAUGCCACUAAAAGUAAUUUAGAACUGUAUAUUACUAUUUCUCUACGUAUUAGAUCUAUACACCAACACCACUCCAGUGAGCUAAAGUUGUUUUGUUACUUAUAGUGUCCCUUUAAAUCACUUUGUAUGUGCAGCCCUAGCCACACCUCCAUGGUUGUGAAUCACAUGGCAUCAUUAUGCACUUCCUGAAAAAUAACUCACAUUUAGAAACUUUCCUUAUUGUACAGUGUGUUUCGUGAGCCUGCACUCACUUAAUCAGGGAUGACUUAGUUGAUGAAGUUAAUGCAGACUCAUGCAACUCAGAGUUGAAUGAUGAACACAGGUUUUCAUUUUUGCUGAUCAGGACCCCAUAGCCUAGUACUACCAAACCGGCUAUUAGCGUGGAAUGCUAGAGGAUUCUGGUCUAUAUGAUGGAACUUUUUACUUGCAUAAAUUCUAUUACAUGCUGAGCAAUUGUGUCUGAUCUUGUGAGUAACCAGCACAACCAAGGGGAUUUAUUUAAUGGUUUGAAACAACAGUUCAAAAUAAAUACUGCGGUAUAAAAGUUAUAGAAAGCUCCUUGUUUUAGAUACAGUAUAUCUACACAACUGCAUUACUCUGCCACCUCAUUUUAUAAGAUGUGUUUUAGACAUGUUAUUGACUUUGAAGAAGAGUUUGUAAGCUUGGCACUAUUUGAUCUUAUUUUGUCCAAAUCAAAUAUUCUCUCUCCCUCUCUCUCUUACUUUCACCUCCUUUACUCUUCUAUACAUUUUCUAUCCACUGUAUCUUGUCUUGUCUGUAGAACUCUCAGUCUUUUAUCUUAUCUCCUUCUCUCAUCUGCUAUAUUUUUAUUGUUCUGGCCGACAUUACGAGCACACAUACACGCUCACUGCACACGUACACGCACGCAUGCAUGCACACAUACACGCAUGCAUGCACACAUACACACACAUAUAUAUAUAUAUAUAUAUAUAUAUACCACAUAUGUAUAAUUGUAUAUCUACAUAUAUCAUAUAUUCAGUCUUAUUUGUUGCAUUUUACUUUUUCAAUUUUUUUAACAGAUUUUGGUAUUUACUCUCAACGGGAUGUUACAAAAUAGAAUAGACCAGCACAGUUAUAGCCGGCUUAUCUCAGCUCAGUGUCUCAUAAUAUGCUUUCUCUUAUUAUUCUCUUUUUUUGUUUUACCCCUACCCCCGAGAGAAUCAGCUUAAGAGUGAUUCCUCGGCACAGCAAAAUUCAGGAGGAAACUCAGGCACUUUCAAAGCCACGUUGCACAUCAAAAAUCUCCACACUUUAGUAUUUAGCACUCACUACGUCAAGGUGACCACUUACCUUUGCUUAGAAUUGCGGAUAUUCAAACCCACUGAGUAAAACAGAGAUAAAGUGCAUUGGUCAGUGAAAUAUUGUCCCAAUGCGGCACCUAACAAUGAUUUUUUUUUUCAUAGUAAGCAUAGCUUAAAGAAGAAAAUAAGAUUUUUAGAAUAUACAUAAUUCAUGGCUGAAUGGAACUCAUCAAUAAUGUACGACUAAAUGUGAGGACUACCUGCAGAAUGGUGUAGUGUAAUAUAUUACACACUUCAACGAGAAAGAAAAGAGUGUAACCCUUUAACCCUGUCUGCCCGGGUCAGUCUUAUCAUACAGAAUAUUUAACUCUUUAUGGCUUCAGAUAUCAGUACAUAGUAACCAGGAAGACUAAUGUUAGGAUAAAUCACUGUAUUUUUUACAUUGAAUAUGACUUUUUUUUUAAAUAAUACUAUAUGUAUUUAUUUUGUAGAGCUUAAAGGUAAACUAUAGGCUUAGAAUACAAACCACCCCCUCAGCGCAGAAAGGGUUGAAAUCCCUUUUGCCACUUACCUGAAUCCAGUGCCGCUUUUACGCCUCUUCACCAACGUUGGCCAGUGUCGGCGACCUAGGGCGCAUUUGCGGCAAUCACCGCAAUCACAUUAGGACAACACCAUAAGAAAGAUUUGAUUCAAUUCUUUCCUAUAGGGUUUUCACUGACGCUAGAUAUCCUCAUGCAUAGUGUGAGGACCAAAAAUCCCCUGACAAUCCGUAGGCUCCUCUAGUGGAUGUCUGGUAGACAGCCACUUGAGCAGGCAUUAACCCUGCAAGAUAAUUAUUGCAGUUUCUCAAAAACUGCAAUAAUUACCAAUGCAAGGUUUAACUGACAGGGACAGUGCACACAGACAACUUCAAUGUGCUGAAGUGGUCUGGGUGCCUAUAGUGUCCCUCUAAUCGUUGACUUUAUUAUUUAAUGCAUACAUCUGUUUAAACAAAUAGUGCAAAAGGGUCAAGAUGGUUAUUAUGUUUUGUACCUUUUUUCAAGGUACAUAGUAAAGUUGAUCACUUGUUACUGUUAUUACUAUUAAGCUAUGACUGCUGUUCCUACUACUAUUAAACUAAUCAAGUAGUCCAUAACAUUUUUAUUUGUUUUUUAAUACCUUUACUUAUAUUGCAAACUGAUUGACAUUUAGGUGUCAGCUUCAUUUUCAAUUUAUCAGAUGUGCAUUAUUAGUUUACAAACGUUUUAUCGAUUACAAUUUUUUUGCGCAUGCAAACAAUAUGUAUCUAUAAAAAAACAAAUCUAUUAUGAGAUGUUAACAUAUAAGAGAAUCUAGAAUAAUUAGAAGAAUCUUACUACAAAGUCAUAUUUGGGUUUCCAGUCUAUGCCUAUGUCAUCUAUUGCAUUUAAUGGGAUACUAUAAGCACCGAGACCACUUCAGCUUAUUGAAGUGGUCUGGGUGCAGUGUCCAGGCCCCUUAACCCUGCAAUUGUAAUUAUCUCAGUUUUUGCUAAACUGCAAUUAUUACAUUGCAGGGUUAGCUCCUCCUUAUAACCUUUAAUGGCGACUUCUGUAGAUAAUCAAUUGGAAAGAUUUUAUUACAGUAUCGAGUUAUCUCGGAAGCUUAUUAAAUCAAGGCCAGUGUUUGCCCAAAAGUAUGUUAAUAGUGAUAAAUUAAAGCUCUGAAGAAAUUUUACAUAGAAUAAUCUUUUAAUAUCUAACUCACUGAUCAUAUUUGGUCAACUUACAAUGAGUGAUGGUCAUAAGAACUCUUAUUGAGUUACAGAACACAAUCAAUGGGGAAACAUAAAGCCAAUGUAGAAAAUAAUAAAUCUCCCCCCACCCCCCAAAAAGAAAAAUGUAAGUUUUUUACAGGUGUCAGAGAUAUCCUUAUCCAUGUUAACACUAGGAGUUCUGAACAUAAAUUCUUAAAGUGACACUAUAGUCACCAGAACAACUACAGCUUAAUGUAGUUGUUCUGGUGCUUAUAGUCAGUCCAUUCAGGCUUUUCAGAGAAAAGGCAGUGUUUAUAUUACAGUCUAGGGACACCUCCCGUGGCCACUCCACAGAUACUAGAGGUGCAUCCUGUGCAGGACUGAUAUUCAGUGUCUCAACCCUCUGCAUGGUGCUGAUUGGCCAGGAUGUCAUUUGGCUCCAUCCCAGCCCAGAAUUGCUAAUCUCAGCCAAUCCAAUUUUUCCAGGAUGUCAACCAAGGAAGCAGAUUAAGGGCAGAGCCAGCACCAGCAGACUCCAAUAAAUUGAUGCUACUAGGAAAGUCAUGCUAAUUAGUCAAACCACUUGCCUUUACUAUUUUUUUCCCUUUAAGGACCAAGGAUUACUUUGAAGAAACAUGUAGAGGGUGUAAAGGAGUUUAGCAGCAGAAACUAAAUGUUUGGGGAAAAAUAGUCAAGUUUAAAAUAUAACCGUGUUGGAAGAUUAUUUAUAAUUUUUUUGACCUGAACAACCUUUUUCAUUUUUUUUAUAACUCCUUGGUUAUGGAAAUACAUUGCUUCAGUGACCAGUUUAUAAAAGUAAUUAAAGGAAAACUGUCUUCAUUUUUUAUGAUUAAAAUAAUGGAUCACAUGCAUUAUAGCCUCAAUGUGUAUUAUUCUUAAAAGGGUACUUAUAAGAAUUUACCUUUUUUCAGUGCAUCGAUCAACUUACGCUAUCUUAAUGGCGGCAGGCAGUAGCCAUAUUGAAAUUUCUUCAGUAAAAAGCACAGCUUAUCUGUCCAAAAACCAUAAUGGUAAUCAAGAGCUAGUGCAGUUCACACGUUGUGAAAUCAUGAGCAAGUGCAUGAGCAUUUAUAAAGUUUACUCCACGAUUGUUUUAGACCAUUUAAUUGAGCAAGAUUUUGGAAAAUAAGUAAUGCUCCCCCACCCCCCAGAGCAAGGGUAGAAGAUACACUUUAUAUUUAUUCAUUACAAAAUAAUGGCAAAGAGGCUUUAACACAUAUAUUAAAAAUAUCUACAAAUAAAAAUAUUACAUAUAUUGAAAAGAAGGACAGGGAAUUUAGAAAAAUAACAUGCCUUUAUGUAAAAAAACUACGCAAUUUCUAGAACAUCAACAAUAUGCCAAAUGCAAAUUAAAAUAAAAAAAACUAGAAUAUUUAGUUAUUGUGGAUUUCUUGUCAGACUAAUAAUGUGAUUGUGUAGUUACACAAAUAUAUAUAUAUAUAAAAAAAAAAUCAAAAAAUCACUAAAUGCUAAUAGCUUCACAAGAAAACAGCCCUUGGCAUUUUCAUGGCACAUUUUCAUGGAUUGCUAGCACUAUGCCCUUUAAUAACCCAAUAAGCAUCCUAGCAAUAUCCAAUUAACAAAAAGAUUAAUUCAUUUUCUUUCACAUCUAGACAGCCAUUGCAAAUGAACAACGCAAAUUAAGAAAUAAGCACAUAUAAUUAGGCAAAAGACUCAAGAUUACAAUGACUUCUAUACUGUAAAAAAAUUUAAAUAGUUCUAAAUUAUGAAUUACAUUAAAUCAUAGUUAUGAUAUUGUAAUAAGCAAUCAAGUAAAAAAGAGAGCUUCAUUUUUUUUUUAAUUUCAGUUUUUCUUUAUUUCGAAAGACAUGUAAUGGGGUACAGAAAAGAAGAGGGAAGCAUUCUGUAGUAACAAAUCAGGGUUAUAUAACAAUAUGUGCAUAUAAAUAUACUUCCUUCCUUGCCUGAGACUAAGACAAACCCGGCUACAGUUAGCUUUAGAUUUAUUGCAUCAUCUUGGGUAUCGUCUUGCGGAUGGUGCUGUUGUCUUUGACUAAAACCUAUGGGGGGGUUAAGAGGUAACUCGGGGUAGCAACCAGUCGGAGGGGUUGGGGAGUAAUGGGGAGUGGAUGGGAAGUGGGUCGAAAGGGGGACCUGCCUGGUGUGGUGGGUAUUCAUGGUCCUUGUGUUGGUUAUGUAAUCGGUAGUGUCUAUUGGCUCAUUUCCUGGAUCUCUAGGUGGUCAAUCUAGGAGAGCGGGGUGGUCUUUUCCCCUGGGGCUGUAUUCCAGAACCCUAUCCAGGGCUCCCAUCUCUGGAGGUAUUUCUGUCGUUUCCCUAUUGAGGUCCAGUGGAUGUCUUCUAGUUCUCUGGUUCGUUCUACCCUUUGUACCCACUGUUCUACGGAUGGGGUGUUGGUAUUCCGCCAGUUUAGCGGGAUAAGGGCGUUUGCUUCCCCUAGUAAUAGGUGUAGCAGUUGUUGUUUGUGGGGUUCCGUAAAUGUGCGGGGCCAGCUUAGUAGUACUUGGGAUGGUGUAAGUCGGGUCGGAGGUUUAAGUAUCCUGGUUAUUUUGGCGAUUAUUAGGUGCCAGAAACUCUGAAUGUCUCGGCAACUCCACCAAAUGUGUUCUAUAGUUCCCGGCCCGGUGGAGCAUCUCCAGCAAAUGUUACUGAUUGAUGGCCAUAUAGAGUGUAAUCGGGUUGGGGUCCUGUACCACCUGGUGAUUCUUUUAUAGAAUGUCUCCCUGUGUGCUACACUGAUUGGGGUUUUGAUUCCCAUUUCCAUGAUCCCUGGCCAGUCUUUGUCAGAGAUAUGAAUUCUGAGAUCUUUCAUCCAAUUCUGUUGAAAGGAUAGUGGUUUGUGUUCCUCCAUUGGGCUCUGGAGGAUGCGGUAGACUUUAGAUAAAGGGCGUCUGGGGUCUCCCUCUGGGCCACAGAGGUGUUCAAAGGGCGUGUCUGCUCUCUGUUUCCAGAGGGGAAUAGCGGUUCUUUUCAGGAAAUUCCUGAGUUGGGCUUUGCCUAUCACCUCAAUGAAUGUGUCUUGUCUAUGUGCUCCAUAUAUGGCCUUGACCGUGGGUGGGUCUCCCCCUAUCAGUUCGGUUAUGUCCGGGGUAGGCGUUCCCACAAGGUGAGAAAGGAGUGGUCCCCCUCCACCCCCCUGAAAAUCAGGAUUGUCUGCUAUGGGGAAGAACCUUGACAGUCCCGGUGACAGUCUCCAUUGGUCUUUAUGUCUUCUCCAUAUUGUGAGGACAUUGUGUAUGAGUGGGUGUCGUGUCGUGGUGAGUUUCGGUAGGCUGCAGAUUUGCCACGGCAAGGUGUGUAGGGGGACAGGUGUAAAGCUCUGUUCUAAUGUGUACCACGACUUUUUCCUUUUGGUGUCUGUCCAUUCCUUUAGUCGGGUGAGCAAAACUGCAACAUAAUAUUUGUAUAAGUGUGGCAGUCCCAGGCCCCCCCUGUCUGUGGUGGAGGUUAGUGUGGUGAAAGCUAUCCUUGCUGGUUUGUUGCCCCAGAUGUAUUUGGUGAAAAUUGUCCGCAUCUGUCUGAAGAAUGUCUCUGGGAGAGGGAUCGGUAGGGCCUGAAAGAGGUAUAGUAUUUUCGGGAGAAUCAUCAUUUUCAGGAUGCUGACUCGUCCCAUCAGGGAGAAGUAAGGUUGGUCCCAUUUUUGGAGGUCUCGUUUAAUCUUGUCUAUAAGGGGGGGAUAGUUUAGUUUGUAUAAGGUCAUGGGUGAUGCGGUGAGUAGUAUCCCCAAGUAUGUCAGUCCUGUCCGAGUCCAUGGGAAGGUAUGUCUUUGUUGUAUUCGUGUUUUCAGGUACGGUGGUAUAGCUAUUCCCAGUAUUUCGCAUUUGUCAGCAUUUAUCUUAAAGUUCGAGAGGGAACCAAAGGUUUCGAUUUCGUUUGUUAUGUGUGGCAGUGAUUUGGUCGGGUCUGUGAGCGUGAAUAGGACAUCGUCCGCAAAGGCGGAUACCUUCACCUCCCCUCCCUGAAAUCUAUAUCCCCGUACUUCAGCGCGAGACCUGAUUGCGUUCAGGAAAGGCUCCAUGGCCAAGACAAAUAACAGGGGCGAGAGGGGGCAGCCUUGUCGAGUACCGUUGUUUAUCGGAAACGGCGUCGAUAGGUGGCCGUUUACUCUGACACUGGCUGAGGGUCCCCUAUACAGGGUUUGUAUCCAAUUCCUCAGUCUUGGGCCCAUCCCCAAUAUUUCUAGGACCGUAAAUAAGUAAGACCAAUCCACCCUGUCGAAGGCUUUUUCAGCGUCAAUAGCCAUCAGCAGAGUAGGUGUUUUAGUCACCGUUGCUCCAUGGAUGACAUUUAGAAUUUUCGUGGUAUUAUCCCUAGCUUCGCGGCCUGGCACAAAGCCGCUUGGUCAGGGUGGAUUAGGUGCGGUAAGAGGGGUUUAAGCCUGUUGGCGAUCAUCUUUGCCAUUAGUUUGAGGUCUAGAUUUAUUAGUGAAAUGGGUCUAUAACUGCCACAUUUAGUGGGGUCUUUGCCCGGCUUGGGGAUGAUAGUGAUAGAUGCCCGUAGCAUCGGGGGUGGGAGGGGGGUGUCAUGGGUUAGGCCAUUUAAUGUUUUCAGAAAGUGGGGGGAUAGUUCUUGCGAGAGUGUUUGAUAGUAUCUGGCGGUCAGUCCGUCUGGGCCGGGGCUUUUACUUUUCGGGAGUGCCUUAAUCGUGGCGAGUAAUUCCGUUAGUGUGAAUGGUUCAUCUAAUGUGUGUAUUUGGUCGUCUGGGAUCUUGCGUGGCAGGUUUGCCGAGAUGUAUUCCCUCAGGUUGUGGUUCUGUGUUUUGGGGGGGGGUAGGUUAUAAAGGUUUGUGUAGAAGGCGUUGAACGCCUUGGCUAUAUCUUCUGUAGUGUUGUGUUGCCUAUCUGUGUCGUCUGAUAUUUUGUCUAUGAACGAUCUCUGCCGUUUGGCUUUCAAAGCUCUAGCUAGUAGUUUCCCACUCUUGUUACCAUGAGCAUAAAAGGUGCUCCUUGUCAGUUGAGUGGAUCUAUAUGCCUUUGCGGUUAGUAGCGAUCUUAACUCUAUGCGUAGGGCUGUUAGCUUCUGGAAGUUAUCAUUCGUGGGAUCUUGUUUGUGUGUGGCCUCGGCUAAGUGUAUGUCUGCUAUGAGAGAGUCCAUUUUGAGGGUCCGUUCUUUCUUGAUUCUAGAGCCCCAUUUGAUAAGGGUGCCUCUGAUAACUCCUUUAUGGGCUUCCCAAACCCAGGGGUCUGAUACCUCAGUAUUCCCAUUCUCUAAGAAAUAGUUUCCUGCCGUCUGUUUCAUUCUUUAAACAACAGAAUAGAUGCAAUUUUGGAAAUGGCUAUUAAAAGAAGUACAGAUUUGAGUGAGGUUAUGUAUGGUUUUAGGUUGACUAACUAAAAAUGGACUUACUAAACCUGUACCAGGAGAGUGCCUCCAUUGCUCAGUAUCUAGGGUUGCCCAGGAGAUAACAUGAUUCCUUUUGAGUAUAGAUAGAGCAUUUCACAUCUACUGAUGUUGUGUAUCUGAAAUGUUUAUUCCAGGUUGUAUUUGUCCUAUUUUAGACAACUACAACAAAAAUACAGCCAUGUAUGCAUUAUGAUAUUCAUCUAAAAAUGGAAACCUAAGAGGUGUAUCAUGUAUUCCAUAAACCACAAAGCAGUAGAGCUCCCAAUGAAACCCCCCCCAAAAAAAAAUCAGUCACUAUGUGGUCUUUGUAAAAGAAGAUUCAUUUUUUUGCUCCAACUAAAAAAGUCAAAUUACGUUUUAGUUAGGAUUUUUGUAUGAUGCAAUAGAUCAGUUGUUACACAAGAAUUUAGUUUGUCCUAAUAACAUGAAAAAAUAUAACACACAACAAAAAGUGCAAACUGUACAUGCAUUUUAAAGUUUAGUUUAUAAUAAGAGCAAUUUCCGUUUCGUUGUAUUAUGGCAUGUAUAUUAGGUAAGGAUAUUUGCGGCUGCUCUAAUGUGAGGAAAAUGUCAACCGCAAAAAAAGAUUGUAUUCACCACCUAUUUUGAUAGCGUGUAUAUCUGGAUGGUCUCGGAUGAGUUGUGUUAAAGGUUCUAGGCUGAGAAUGUAUAAUAAUGGAGACAGAGUCUUGUUCUGUUUGUGAUAUUGAAUUGCUUGGAAGUGAAACCACUGUUAACCACUUUAGCUGCAGGGUGGGAAUACAAUGCUAAAAUCAGGGAGAUGAAUUCCCGGGGAACCCAAAUUUCUCAAGGACCGAGAGGAGGAAGGGCCAGUGCAGCAUGUCAAAUGCCUUUUUGGCAUUGAGGGAGACCAGUAUGCACGGGGCCCCCUCCCCUCCACCCACUUAAGAUAUUUAACAGCUUCCUAGUACCCUCUGGUCCCUGUCUGCCUCCCACAAAUCCCACCUGGUCCUCGUGAACAAUGGUAGGGAUGAUGGAGGACAAUCUAUUGGCAUAUAUUUUCGAUAGAAUUUUGAUAUCUGUGUUCAACAGUGAUAUCAGUUGUAAAUGCUGGCAUUUGUUGGGGGGUUUCCCCAGUUUGGGAAGAGUGGAGAUAUGUGCUAAGAGCAUUUCAGGCAGGAUAUUGCCCUUUCUAGUUUGGGGGCUAUUAUAUGCUUGAAUCGUUUGUAGUAGGAAUUUGAGAAGCCGUCUGGGCCGCAGGAUUUCCCAUUUGGCAACAAUAUAUUGUAUCUGAGAUUUCUUUAAUGGUCAAUUGGGCUGUAAAGGUGUCUUUUUGGGUGGUCAUCAGUUUUGGCAGUAUGGUCUGUCCUAGCAAUUGUUCAAUGUCGGUGUUGGUAGGUUGGUGUACGGUGUGGACCUCUCGGAGGUUGUACAAUGGAUGACAGUCCACCAUAGCAUUGCCUAUUUCUUGGGGUUGGCAUAUUUUGUUGCCCUGUAGUUGUGAGGAUAUGAGGUACGUUUGAGUGCAAGUAUUUGCUUCUUAACAUGUUGGCCAGUUCUUAACAUGUUGGCCCCGCUUCUUUGCCCUGUGUACAUGUGCGGACUUUCAGUUUCUGUAGUACAUAGGAUGAUUUUGCUAGCUGUAUAUCAUUUAGUCAUUGUCUGAUUCAGGCUAUAAGUUGGGUGGCCUGUUCAGUGGGGUUUAGUUUAUUGGCUAUUGUGGUGUAUCUUAAUAUUCUAAGUAAUUCAAUGUAUUCAUUUUGGGAUUUGCAUUUGAGAUAUGAGGCUUUGUUGAUUAUCAAGCCUCUGAUAACAGAUUUGUGUGCUUGCCAGAGCAUUAGUGGCGUGACAUCCGUGGUGUCAUUUGUGGUAAACUAUGUGGAUAUCUCAUCUUCUAGUGUCUGCGUAAAAGGUAUGUUGUAUAGUAACGUGUCAUUGAAGCGCUAUGGUGUCAGUCCUCUAAAUUGAAAACUGUCCUUUAACCCCUUAAGGACACAUGACAUGUGUGACAUGUAAUGAUUCCCUUUUAUUCCAGAA